GCUCGAGUAGACAAGUUUGUGAAACGAUUUUUAAGUAACGUUACUUAUCGAGCCCCAUUGAACUUGGUUACACAAUGAAUUUGAAGCACAACCUUUCGGCAUUUAAAGCGGAAUAAACACUGCAUUGAUGUUAAAAUGAAGGCGACCCUUUUAAUCGGACUGCUUUUGCUGUUUGUCGGACUCGCACAAGGGGCUUCUUUCUAUGGUGAUGGAUUUGUGCAGUUAAAAGGAAUGGAGUCGUCUAGCCGUAACACACUGCACGUCCGCUUCCGCACCUCCAGUCAGAGCGGCCUGCUUUUCCUAGCUGCAGGGCAGACUGAUUUCAUCCUGCUGGAGAUGAAUGCUGGCAGACUGCAGGUACGGUUGGACAUGGGCUCUGAGGAAAAAAUCCUUCUCUCAGACAGUGGAACCCAGCUGAAUGAUUUGGCCUGGCACACUGCAGAGCUUCUUCAUGAGUAUCUCAACGUCACGCUGACUGUGGACAACCACUCCCAGAGCAGCUUGCAAAUGCCAACUCCAGAGCAGCAGCUAGACAUCAACAUUGGUUUGUACGUGGGUGGUACUGGAGGUUUGGAUCAGCCCUACCUGGCCAGUGAUCUCAAUGGCUUCCGUGGUUGCCUUGAUGAAGUAAUAUUUAACCAACACAACCUUCUUUCUUCACUGAGGCCCUAUUCCGGAUUUAAAAACGUCUAUGAGGUUUCUCUUGGAUGCAGCCCCCAGUUUUUCGCAAAUGAGGAAGAUCCCAUGAGUUUUUUCAGCUCAAGAGCUUACGUGUCCCUUCCUCUGUGGACGGCACAACACGAAUGGGUUUUUGAAAGCUCAGUCCACACCUCAGCCGAAGAAGGGAUUGUUAUGUACAACUCCGCACGACAGGGAGAUUUCAUAGCCUUGGAGAUCCAGAAAGGACUGAUUGUUGCUGUCAUCGGUAAAGACGGAGUAAAAACAGAACUACGUUCUCUCGCCUUCAUCAAUGACAAUAGAUGGCAUGACAUCAAGCUUUACUUCACCUCAAAAAGCCUCCAGCUUACAGUAGACGGAGAGACCUUAAUGUCCAGCAUUAGCUCUAGAUCCAAAUCCUUUCAUCUGAAAGGUUGGCUUUUCCUCGGGGGAAUUGAUGACAGCACACGUUCUGAGGUCAGAAAGGUGGGCCUCUCUUCACUGGCGGGAAAACGUGUUAAAGGUGGUUCCUUCAAAGGAUGCUUCAGGAACAUUAGAGUAAAUAAUGUUAAAAUGGGUCUUCCUAAUGCUGUGGUUACUAAAGACAUCUCUGUUGGCUGUGAACCUGAAAAGGAAUUGGAGAUAAGCACCACAGUCAGCCCGGCAACCCUUCACAUGACUUCUGUUGGCACUGUCACUCAGCUGCCUCCCCUCGAUGUCUCAACCCUAGCUAAAGGUCUUGUUAAGAAGUAUGGACAUCAUUUCCUUCAUCUUAAGAACCUUGUUGUCGCAGAAGGUGGUCGGGCAUCAUUGAAUUCAAGGCACAUUAAAGUAAACCUUGAUUUCAAGAACCUUGGUAUCCGCCAGUCACAGAUCAUCUUUAGGAUUGAAGAGCAGCCCGUGCAUGGUCAGCUUAGGCUUGAUGUGGACCAGGACCAGGUGGAGCAUACAUUCAGCAUGCUGGAUUUGUGGCAUGGCAGAGUAAUGUAUAUCCAUGGAGGAUCUGAAGAUCCACAGGACUUUUUUAUGUUCUCUUUGUUCUCCAGUAGCAGAAAGGAGGUUCCAGGCUAUUUAAAGGGACACAAGUUGCAUCGUUAUAAUGUUACUGUCACGCCAACCAACGAUGCCCCUGAAUUGAGUCUGCCGGAAGGGAAUCUAUUUGUUCUUCUUGAGAACUCUAGGAAGAAGCUGACUACUGAUGUUCUGAAGGCCAUAGACAUCGACAGCAAUAACACAGAACUUGUUUACUCAGUCUUAGGCAAUCUUAAUGCCGAUGCGGGGUAUUUGGAAAACGUAGACAACCCCGGUAAAGCCGAAAGCUCUUUUUCUCACUUGGCUCUUGCAGAAGGUAAAAUAAGUUACGUCCACACAGGAGUGAGGAACUCCAGGAUUGUGCUGAGAGUCAGCGAUGGAGAGAAAGUGAGCAAUACAGUGGUGCUCAGAAUCAUGGCCGUGGGACUGAAGUAUACAAUUUUCAACAACACAGGUCUGGAAGUCACUCAAGGAGAGAUGUUUCUAAUAAGCACCGACCAACUGGCAAUCUGGACAAAUGCAGUGAAGCAGGUGGUUGACAUUCGUUUUGAUGUGAUCGAGCCACCAAAAUUCGGUGAACUCCAAAGGCUGCAUUCGAAUGGAGAGUGGAAGAUCACCAGCUCAUUUUCUCAAAGAGUUCUUGAGAAGGAACGCUUAAGAUACCUUAACACUUACCCGUCCAUUCAAACGAGCAAUAGCUCGGAUCUCUUCAAGUGUAAAGUCACAGUGGCUUCCAGAGCCACAGAGGAGCUAGUGUUUCCCAUUAGAGUGAAGUGGAUAAACUACACGUUAGAGAAGAAUGAAGCGAUAAAACUGGAUAAAACAAGAAGUGCUGUAAUUGAUUCUGAACAUUUGUAUGUAACAGCACGUGGUGUAACUUUGUCUGAGGAUGAGCUUCAUUUUAGAUCGUUGACUCUACCAAAAAGAGGAAUACUUGUAGUGAGUAAUACAAAGUUGGAUGAGAAUUCCACAUUUUGUCAAAGAGACAUCACAGAUCUGAAGGUUGAAUACAGACUGGUAGAUAGAUUGUACGAGGACACCAGUGAUGAAUUUGUUUUCCAGAUAUUCUCAAAGCACGCACAUUCUGCUAGUCACAUAUUCAAAAUCAACAUUAAAGCAGAUGCCAACAGCGUUUUCAUGAAAAACAAUGGGUUGUCUCUUCUUGAAGGUGAAAGUAAACUCAUUACAAAAGAUGAACUGUUUGCUGAAACUAUUAGCACUAAAGAAAUAUACUACACUGUCACAACGGCUCCACGCCAUGGCAAGCUAACACGAAUCAAUCUGUCAGACUCUACCAAAGAAUUUGAUAAUAUUCUGUCAUUCACCAAUCAGGACAUUUUGGAGGAGCGUAUUAUGUAUGUUCACGAUGACAGUGAAACAAAUCUUGAUAACUUUACAUUCAUAUCAUCCAAAAGUCCAGUUACCAAGAUGACUGUGAUAGAUGAUAUUGGCUCCAAGGAGGGCACCUUCAACAUUUCUAUACAGCUAGUGAAUGAUGAAAAACCUGUUCGUGUCAUAGACAAGAUUUUUCACGUUGUCAGAAAUGGACAGAGAUUACUUACCAUCGAUGAUCUCCGCUACUAUGAUGCCGACUCAGACUUCAGUGAUGGGGAGCUUGUCUACACCAGGCGUGGUAUCCCAAUAGGUGAUUUGGUUCUUGCUAACGACACCUCACACAAGUUGUACCAGUUUCGCCAGGAAGACUUGGAACAGAAGCGAGUGUUGUUUAUUCACCAUGGGAUGACCUCUGGUCGCUUUGUCCUCUUCGUGUCAGAUGGCAAACACUUUGUUUCCUCACUGUUGGAUAUUAGCGCACAGGAUGCUUAUUUAAAAGUUGGCAACAACACAGGCCUUUUGGUUCAGAAAGGCCAAACCAAGAGUCUCAGUCAAGCUAACUUUAGUGUGGAUACAAACCUUGAUGUCAGAAGUGAUGACGAAAUCAUAUUUAAGAUCAUAGAGGCUCCAAAACUUGGGCGUCUGUAUUUAAAUGACAGCCAGACAGAGUCAUUCACCCAGCGUGACCUGAGGAACGGCUACUUGUCUUACCAUCAUGACAACAGCAGAAAUCUGGCUGACUUUUUUACACUUCUAGUGGAAGUGAAGGGGCUGAAGUGUGAUGCUAAAAUUUUGGUAAAAGUGUAUCUGGAAAGUCAUCAAAGACCACCGGUUAUCCUUCAUAAUAAGAUUUUACUGGUAGAGGAGGGAAAACCAAUCAAGAUUAUAGGCAGUAAACUCAAGGUCACUCACGAGGCUAGUUCUCCUUCAGAAAUAACCUUCACAGUCAAAGGAACUCCAUCUUAUGGAUACCUGCGGAAGUUUCUUGAAAGUAAAGAUCAAUACCAAGGGACUAAGGAAGAUCUGUGGAUGACUUUUUCCCAACAAGAUGUUAAUGCUGGCAACAUUCAGUACAUACAGGUGACACCUGGCCAAGUGAAUGAUUCCUUCACCCUAGAGGCCAGCAAUGGGGUCGCAGAGAUCAGUGACAUCAUCGUGUCUGUGGAUAUUAUCCCACUCCUCAUACCCAUUAAGGUGUCCAAUAUCAGUCUGAAGGAAGGGGCGUCUAAAGCACUCACUGAGGACAUCAUCAGAGUCACCAACCCACAUUUCUCUGGGCUAAACUUUGUGUAUCACGUCUCAGAGGGACCCCAGCACGGCCGCAUCGAGAAUUCCCGUUUUCCAGGGAUGCCCACAACAUACUUUACAAGGAAACAGGUGGAGCAGGAGUUUAUAUACUAUGUCCAUGACAAUACCGAAACUUUGGAAGAUAGUUUCACUGUCACUGCAAAUGACACCGAUCUGAGAAAACACAGCGCACCAUGGACCGUGUAUGUGCAGGUCAUAGCCGUCAAUGAUGAGUCUCCUGUUGUUACUGCCAACAAGGUUCUCAGGGUGUGGGUUAACUCAACCACUGAGAUCAUCCCUGAUGAUCUGAACGCUGAAGAUGAAGACACGUCCCCAGAACAGCUGGAGUACAUCAUCACCCAACCCAGCAAUGGUCACUUGGCUAGGCCCAAUAGACCAAUUAUGAACUUUACUCAAGCUCACAUUGCUCAGAGGCAGCUGCUUUUUCUUCAUAAUGGUCCUAUGGCAGGAGGCUUCAACUUCCAAGUAAACGAUGGUUUGAACUUUGCUCCCAGGCAAAUAUUCAGUAUUAUGGCUCGUGCCCUUGUUCUUAAACUAGAGAAAGCUGGACCUCUUCAUGUGUUUCCAGGCUCUUUAUCCUUGAUCUCAAAAGAGGUUCUUCAUGCAGUAACUAAUGACGAUAAGAGUGUCACAAACCGAACCAUUUAUUUCACUGCAAUCAAUCCACCAAAAUUUGGAAAACUGGUCAAAGUGCAAGCAGACAAGUCCACAACAGAUAUCUUAUCCUUCACACAACAAAUGGUGGAUGAGGGUGAAGUGGCAUAUGAACAAAGUCAUUUGACCUCUUUGGGAUGGGCGGCACUUGACAAGUUCACAUUUACAGUGUCGUGCCCUCCUGCUACACUUGAAACACAAACAUUUGACAUUGACAUUUCCUACGAACAUGUGGGAUCUGAACGAAGAUCUGUGCUCCUCAAAAACAAAGGUGUGCAAGUAACUGAGGGAGACAAGGUGCUUAUCGACAAAUCGCUGCUGGAUGCAUCCAAUCUCAUGACUAAACUGUCUGAAUCUAAACACAGCUCUUAUGAGGUUUGGUACCAGGUCACAUCUUUACCCCAGCAUGGCGUCGUCAUCGUUGGGGAACGAAAUCUCACCAAAGAAAAACCCAAUUUCUCUCAGUACAUUCUUAACAAGUAUGGAAUCACAUAUCAUCAUGACAACUCUGAGACCACCUGCGACCAUUUUGACUUUGACGUCUUUCUCAACCUGAAGAGCAAGCCACCAAACCGCCCCCUAGACGACUCUGAUGUGGUGUCCGAAUCUUUCAACAUCACUAUUACCCCUGUAAAUGAUCAGCCCCCGGUUCUGAAGACCAAAGCCCCCAGCCUUAAAGUUGUUCAGGGGGACACCGUUCCUAUUGGACCCGACAACUUAAAUGUUGUGGACUCGGAUAAUCUACCCAGUGAAAUCCAGUACACCGUGAUUAGCAAACCUAGCAAUGGUUUUCUUGCUCUGGCGGAGCGCUUGAAUGAGUCGGUGGAUGCAUUCUCGCAAGAGGAGAUCAAUAACGGAGAGCUGUUCUUUGUCCACGACGGCAGCCCAGCAUCCGGUGCGUUCUACUUCAGCGUGACCGACAGCCAGCAUCGUCCGUUAUAUAAACUCUUCAAUCUGGAAGUAAUCAAGAUUACGGUUUCACUUGCAAACAACACAGAAGUGUUAAUCGACCAAGGACGUACCACUGUGGCACUUACACAGUCACACUUAGCUGCAGUCACAAAUGGUAAGAACACUACUGUCCAUUAUAAAAUUACAAUACCUCCACAAUAUGGUAAACUUCUCCAGGACAAUGAGGAGGAGGUCACUGUUUUCAGUCACAAUGUUCUCCAGGAGCAAAAGCUAAGUUACCACAUGGUCAACGUCACAUCUUCCCAUGAUACUUUUGAGUUUACUGCCUUUACAUCAGAAGCAAACCUAAGCAAUCAAGUAUGUAAUAUCACAGUGAAACCCCUCAUUAAAUACAUAAAAGGGGCAAAGUUUCAAAAUGAAAUUCGCAAUAAGCUCAAACCAGAGUUUCUGAAUGUGUCAGAACUGGCUUUGUUGAGCAGUAGUGACCCAUUGUUUGAAAUUACAUCACCUCCUGAAAAUGGCAGGGUUGUCAGGACAACCAGCAACAAGGGAGGGAACGCCGAAUCUGUGGAGUCUUUCACUUUCAGCGAGCUACUACAGAAGAAACUGGCCAUUGAGUUGAGGGCGAACCUGACGGGUAUCCAGGAAUUAAAUGAUUCCUUUGGAUUUGUGCUUAAAGCUAAUAAUGUCCAACCUGCCAGAGGGAUUUUCACCUUCAUUAUCGUACCCUACGUUCCCACACUUGAGAUGUCAACAGUCUCAAUGUCCACAACGAGACCCGUUUUUUAUAACCAGACCACGGCGAAAGACCCUACUCUGUCUUCCGCAUAUUCCGUUGCGCAGCCAACGCAACGGGUGCCCAAAUCUACAUCAAGAUUCAAAAGUCGGAACCGCUGGGGUAGCUCAAACAGCAAUGACAUACAUACCACUAUGCUUAAACCAACACAGGGGGGCGAGGAGAUUUAUCCAAUAAAUAACACCCCAGUGAAAGUGGAAUCUGUAACCCAGACAGACUCCCCAAAAUCAAUGAUUAUCCUGUUGCCUCUACUUGCUUUUCUUCUUCUGGUCAUCAUAGUGGUUGUGUCGAUGCUGCUCUUCAGGCGGAACUGGAGGAACAAGCAGAAUCCUGAGAAGCAGAAGGGUAAAUCACUUCCUCCACCACAGCCAGAUGAUCUAUCCAAUCAGGAUCAGCCCAAGUGGAGUUCAUCUGUUCCUGUUGUGACUGUCACUCCUCUUAAUCCAAGCAAAUCUGGAAGUUCUACCGUAAAUAGACUGCAAACCAGAUGUGAAAACUCCCCGUAUGACCAGUCAAUGUCUCUGUGUUUUGUUGGAGACCUGGAGCCUGAAGUUUCACAGCAUUGUAGGACAACCAACCCCACCCUGCGAAAUAAUCAGUAUUGGGUGUGACCUUAGUCUGUACAUAGCUUUUUAAACUUAAGAUCCAUUACUGUAUUGUCAAGGUAAUGAGCUUGGGGUUUUACAAAGGUAAUUUGUAUUUGUAACAUUUGUUAUGAAACACUACAAGUUAGGAGGUGCCACAUUGCAUUUGGAAAUCGACGCUGUCCUUCCAAAACCUUGUAUUUCCAACUUUGCUGUUUUUCAGGAAAUGGAAAAAACACUGUACUUUUUAAAUGUGUGAGUACUGGGUUGAAGUUGACCAGCACUUUUGAUUACAUUUUAUCGCAAAAACAUAAAGGGUGACUAAUAAUAAUGAUUUAUUGCAAAAAACGCAAAAUACGGAGAUACAAGGUUCAGAAGGACAGCAGCCAUAUACAGUGCUGUUCAUAAAUUUGCAUAUUAGAAACAGCAUUUGGUUCUGAUGACUACACACAAAAUAGACACUGAAAUGUGCGUACACAGUUUUUCAUGGACAUAUUUGGAUUUAUAUGUCCACACCCAACGGAUGCUUUACUGUGUAGGCACACUUUAAAGAUCCAGUUUAAAACAUAAGCCCAUGAUGUUCUUUAAAUUUUGACACAACAAAUGUUUUUUGUUAAUGAAAGAACAGGCAGUUGAAGAUUCAAGCAUUACUUUUAAAGCUAUUCGCAAGUUAUGAAACAAUUGUACUGACAAUGGUAUUUUUAUUGGAUUUUACAAAAUUGUAUAAGUUAUUUCAUUUUAUUUUUAAUUUCUUUGCUUUAUUCACAGUCAUUUGUAAGGGCACAUGUGCAGCUGGGUGUUUUGUAAUAAUAACUUUUGUUUCUACCUCAAAUCAAAUGUACUCAUGACAGUUUAAACGUACAGUUAACCACUGGUGGACAUGUUUGGCAACCAGAAAUUUCUAAAUAGAUCAAAAUUAUUUCAAAUUUUCAACAAUAUAUCUCUUAAAUGUAUCAUUUAAUUAAAUGUUUUGUUGAAAAAGUGUAUUCAUGCUAUAUUUAAAAUGUAUACAUUUUUUCAAAUCAUAGCUAUAUGAUCAAAUGGAAAUAUCUCUCAAAAUUGCGGUUCCCCGUAUGGUGGUUGAAUUUACAGAGACAGUAUGUUACACUGAAUUAAUUUCAUACGGUUAAUAUUUUGCUACCAUAUACAUUUGUAGACUAAACAUAUUUAUAGCUGCAAGGAAGUUUAUUUAUUACAUUAUUUGUAUAUCUGCAUUUAUUAUGGCACUGAGACAACAUCCUACAGAUAGAAAUGUGUGGUGUGCAUAUCUUGAUGGCACGACAAUGUAUAUCUUUUGGGUGUUUUACCUAAUCAUGACGUAUGUAAUAAUAUAAUUGUUUAUAUAAAUGUUUUUAUACUCAGGAAAUUCCCUUCAGAAGUAAUUUGUUUACAUGGAGAUAAAACACUUUAAAUAAUGAUGCAAUAAGUUGAAACCACUGGAUUCCUGGCAAUUAUUUCCUUGUAUGGUCAAUGAAACACUGGAUUACUGGAAGUAAACUACAUAAAGUGUAUCUUAAUUUAGCAGCUGGGGUGAGAGUGCAUAAACAUUGCUUUUUAACUCUAUUAAGACAUAUGGUGCUGUAUGUAGCAUUAGAACAUUUGUAUGCCCACUGUGACCUCUAUACUGUAGAGAAAUGUGGAUUUCAAACAACCUGGAAGUCACACUUUACAGAAAAGAGAUACCAUUUCAAAGGUUGGUGAUCACACUAGACAUUUAGAACAUGUUCGGUAUUUCUGAUUUCUGUUAUUGUAUAUUUUUGUUCAUGUAUUUAUAUUAUAGACUGAAUAUUUCUUUUUGUCAAUAAACAGC